AUGCUGUCUCAACUCCCCACCGCACUGUGCCUGCUGCUCUGCAGUGCCGCUAGCACCGCUGCGUCGAGUCUGACCACUUUUUCGGACGCGAACUGCCAGCGUUCCCAGACCCGCAUCGCAGGAGAGAACGGCUACCCGGAUGGAUUCUGCACGAACAUCGCGGGGGUGGCUGAUUCAACAUAUCAGAGCUUCAUGUUCACUGUCCUCGAUGAAGGCUGCACACGUGUGUUCUUCCCCUCCAAUCGUGCCCUUCUGUGGGCGACCAACCUCCACUUGCUGCUGCUUGCAACGAUCUAUCUGAGUGACAGCACAUCCGAUAUAUGCUCAGGCGAAGCGGAGAUGGCAUAUAUCUCCAGGUGCUACAAUACAACAUGGGUCUACUACAGCAUAGACAUGUGUACCCCGCUCGCCGCAACAUCCACAACAUUAUCAGCAUCUUCAACAGCCUCAUCGUCGUCAUCAUCGUCAGCUUCAGCAGCCGUCGUAACCUCCCACCGCGUUUCGGAUGGUGCCAUCGCAGGGGCAGUGGUCGGCAGCGUCUGUGGGCUGGGGAUCAUCGCAGCUGUGUCAGUCUACUUCUUCUGGUUCCGGCCCAAGCAGCGAGAGAGGAAGAGGAGACUCAGGAGAGAGAUAGAGGAAUCGGGGCUGAGAGAUGCGGCCGGCGGAGGAGCCGGGAGGAAGGAAGAAGAGGAAGACAAGGGAUAUCUGAUCAACGUGCACGAGUCACAGCAGCGGUCGCACGAGCUGCAGUCCAUGCCGGGCGUGGUUGAAGCACCGGGGGACAACCGUGCGAACGAGAUGGGCAACGACGGAGAGGUGCCUGUGGAGUUGCCUGGGGACCACCAGUAUGAUGACGGCAAGGGGGAGCGGAACCCCAGGCGCUAA